AUGGUGGUCGAUGAAGAGAAGCAAGCUCAUGAGGCAACUAAAGGUUAUCCUGUCUUCGAUAUGUUCAUAAUGGCUAAUUUUGCAGGAAAAGAAAGAACUGAGAAAGAAUGGUGGAUAAUGCAUGAUUGGAGCGAUGAAGAUUGCACCAAAAUACUGAGAAAAUGCAGAGAAGAAAUAAUAAACAGCAAAAUCAAUGGUAAAAAGGUGAUUAUUGUGGAUAUAGUUGUGGAUGAAGAGAAGCAUGGUCAUGAGGCAACUGAAAGUCAUCUCGCCAUUGAUAUGUUCAUGAUGGCUAAUUUUCCAGGAAAAGAAAGAACUGAGAAAGAAUGGGCUAAGCUCUUUGUAGCUGCUGCCUUCAAAAAUUAUAAAAUCACUGCUUUAGGAUUGAGGUCUAUAAUUGAGGUGUUUCCUUGA